AUGCCACAAGAACGCGAAGAGGAGCGAAAAUAUGUUGAGGGCCGUGAGGUUGAUUUAAGUCUUUUCGCAAGCCAAAACGAGGAUGUUAGACGUUUGAUCUGGCAUGCAAUUAUGGCACCAGAAACUAGAGGACUGACUCGUGAAUUCGAUUAUAGGCUUUACACAAGAUAUCCUAUUACCUCUCAGAUAAACCAAGAAAGUCGUGCGAUGACUCAAACGUAUUACCCAGACAUAUGGGACCGAACAAGUGGUAUGCCAAUCAUAUGGCCACCAAUGCGGUUUAAUGUCCAGAUAGAUUCUCUUUACAUCACAAAUGAAAGGCACAUGAUUGACACGAUCAGAGCGCUCGGUAAAAACUUGUCCCGAAUCCGAUCUAUUGCGGUGCCAUCAAGAAUUAUCCCUAGUACAAAUAUCGUUCCCGCAUAUUCUGCGGUACCACUUCCGAAGUAUCUUCAGCAAUGGCAGAAACAUAACGAAGGGACAUUCCCUUUUCAAACCCUCACACACUGCAUCAUUGAGGAUCUACCUUGUGACAUGCCUAUGUAUAUGCAUAGACUGUCUGAACCUGGAUAUUGCGCAUAUAUUCGACAAGCAGUUGAGGAAUUUUUUCAAGAGCAAAAUCGUCAUAAUCCUGAGUUCAGGAUUCCCAAGGUCAUUGUUGUUCCCCAGAUAACAGGACCUUCUUUAUGUCGGGACUGCAUCGCUGAAAUUAGACGAGAAGGGUUAGGAUUUUUGGCGAGUAAUUAUGACGAGGAGCUAGUUCAUCUUUCUCUUACUUCUCCUUGA